AAGAGUCUUCCUGUUCGCUCGUGGCUAGAGGACGUUGGUGUCACAGAGGAGAGGGGCUCCUUAGGUAUUUUUAUUUCCACUGAAUCAAGAAACGAAGCAACACAAAGAAGAUGUUUUCCCGUGCAGUGAGACCCACAGUCAGCCUCGCCCGGAGCUUGUCCACCUCAUCGCAGAACAACGCGAAGGUGGCGGUGCUCGGCGCUUCAGGCGGCAUAGGCCAGCCGCUAUCUCUGCUGCUGAAGAACAGCCCACUGGUGAGCCACCUCUCCCUCUAUGAUAUCGCCCACACGCCCGGUGUGGCCGCUGACCUGAGCCACAUCGAGACCAGGGCCCAGGUGACCGGUCACAUGGGCCCCGACCAGCUCGAUGCUGCUCUGCAGGGCUGCGACGUCGUGGUCAUCCCGGCCGGUGUGCCCAGAAAGCCCGGCAUGACCCGUGACGACCUAUUCAACACCAACGCCACCAUCGUAGCCACCUUGGCCGAUGCCUGCGCCCGCAACUGCCCCGAAGCCAUGAUCUGCGUUAUUGCCAACCCCGUUAACUCCACCAUCCCUAUUACUUCAGAGGUCAUGAAGAAGCACGGAGUGUACAACCCCAACAGAGUGUUUGGUGUCACAACCUUGGACAUUGUCAGAGCCAACACUUUCGUGGCAGAGCUUAAAGGCCUUGACCCAGCUCGUGUCAAUGUUCCAGUCAUUGGAGGUCAUGCUGGGAAGACCAUCAUUCCCCUCAUUUCCCAGUGCACACCAAAGGUAGAGUUUCCUGCUGACCAGCUGUCUGCCCUGACCGGCAGGAUCCAGGAGGCCGGCACAGAGGUGGUUAAGGCUAAGGCCGGAGCUGGAUCUGCCACCCUCUCCAUGGCCUACGCUGGUGCCCGCUUUACCUUCUCCGUCCUGGACGCCAUGAAUGGAAAGGAGGGUGUCGUGGAGUGUGCCUAUGUCAGGUCUGAGGAGACAGAGUGCAAGUACUUCUCCACACCUCUGCUGCUGGGGAAGAACGGCAUCGAGAAGAACCUUGGGCUGGGCAAGCUGUCAGCCUUUGAGGAGAAGCUGGUUGCUGAUGCUAUGGAUGAGCUGAAGGGUUCCAUCAAGAAGGGCGAGGAUUUUGCGGCUAAGAUGAAGUGAACAGUGUUAAGCUAGUCAUACACAAACUAGAGCUGUGAUUGAUGAUUUGUUUGGUCUUAAAAAGGCAUCUGGGUAAUUCAAGAUCUGUCAGUGUUUCCUCUUACAUUUUUGUUUUUGCAGUAGAAUCACCUUGAUUCGAAAAUCCUGAUUGUGACCUUGGUCCUAUUUCUAACGAGUUACUUCCCAUACUUUUUCAAACAUGCCUUUAUCUUGCACCCAUGAUUUGUGUACAUACUGUACUGUGACUUAUCUAUAUUUUCAAGAUGUCAGAUUGCAUAUAUUUUCAUGUACAGUUUGUGUUAGUGGGGAUUUCUCUGCUGAAUGAACGAGGAGGAAAUACUGUCAUCAUGCCUGUUGAUGCAAAUGCAGUAGAUGUUGGUCAUGAGCAAAAUAUUCACACCAUCAAUAAACACUUUAGCUUUAAAA